GAGAGGAUGAGCAUUGAGUGAAGAGCAUAGAUUCUCAUCCAAAUCUCUUUCUGUUUUUUUUUUAAUCCUCAACUGCUGCAGCGCUGCGAGCCGCACAUCCUGAGGAGGAACCGUAUUUUUAAAGUACGCUUUAAAAGAUUUAUUUUCCUUCACCGGGAGUUCAUAUUCAUUGCAUGUAUUGAAGUGAUCAUUUAUUUCGACCUGCUUCUACUUCCCCCCGUAUGUGAACUGCACCAUGAGCAGUUUCUGGGGACCACCCGAUCUCGUGCCUCUGGAAUGGUGGGGGUUACGCAGCCGAGGAAAGGCGAGCAACUAAACGCUGAUGGAGUUUUGGAUUUAUUAUAAAAUACAGGAAAGAUGACCGUCUUUUCGUUGUGUUUCCUCUUGUGCGCGGAUCUACUGGAUUUAGCCGUAGGAUAUCUGACCGUGACCAUUGAGCCCAUCCCCCCUGUUGUAGUGGGAGAGACAGUGACACUGAAGUGCAACUUCAAGACAGACGGGAGGCUGCGAGAAAUCGUCUGGUUCCGGGUGACAGAUGGGGGAACCCUUAAGCAGAAGAUCUUCACGUAUGACGCCAUGUUCAACACCAACUACUCCCACAUGGAGGACUACCGCAGACGCGAGGACCUGGUGUACCAGUCAACUGUCAGGCUGCCAGAGGUGCGGAUUUCGGAUAAUGGACCCUACGAGUGUCACGUGGGCAUCUAUGACCGGGCGACCAGGGAGAAGGUGGUCCUGGCCUCCGGAAACGUCUUCCUGAAUGUGAUGGCGCCCCCUAAGUCCAUCUCGGUGGUUGCGGCUGACACCCCGGCGCCGUUCAGUCGGUACCAGGCACAGAACUUCACCCUGGUGUGCAUCGUGUCUGGAGGAAAACCCGCACCGACGGUGUAUUUUAAGCGGGACGGGGAGCCAAUAGAGGUCAUCCCCUACAUCCAGGCCCCACCCCCCGUGGAGAGUCGUGGUUCGGCGGGGGUCAGGGGGGCCAGGCCUCUGCUCAGCCGCGACCUGGACGACACCAAGCUGCAGAAGUCGCUGUCGCUGCUGGACCCGGACGGCAGGCCGGCGCGACUGUACACCGAGACCCCGGGCCGAGGCUUCACCCCGGGGGCGCCCGGGUUCGAGCCCAGCCCCGCCACCGAGGUCAUCCCGGAGACGGUGGUGAGCCGCGAGUUCCCGCGCUGGGUGCAGAGCAGCGAGCCUCUGUACUACUUCAGCACGGUGCAGAUCCCGCACAGCGACGGGACUGUGGAGGUGCGCGCCAUGCUCACCUGGACCCUCAACCCCCAGAUGGACAACGACGCGCUGUUCAGCUGCGAGGUCACGCACUCCGCCCUGUCCAUGCCCAUGCAGACCGAGGUCACUCUGGCCUCCCCGAAAGGCCCCAAGCUCCUGAUGACGCCCAGCAGGGCAAAGGUAGGAGACACGGUCCGCAUCACCGUCCAAGGUUUCCAGGUAGGAUCUCCUGGGAACGAGGUGUUUCCCGAACCCCUGUUCACCUGGACCCGUGUUGGGGGGCGGCUGCUGGACGGGAGUAUGGAACGGGACGGGAAGGAGCUGGUUCUGGAGCGAGUGCCGGCCGAGCUCAACGGGUCAAUGUACCGCUGCACGGCCCAGAAUCCCCUGGGCUCCACGGACACCCACACGCGCCUGAUUGUGUUCGAGAACCCCAGUAUAAUGAAGCACACUCAGAACCAGAACAAUGCUGCCUCCCACCUGGACGUUCUGGGACUGACCGUGAUGGCACUGAUCCUCACAGUGACAGUGGAGCUGACGUGAGCCCCCAAAACCGUGCCCCUCCCCCCCACCCCCCC